CCGAAGCCAGGCAAACACUCAUCUCUCCGUGGCUUUGUGCAUCUAGGUCUGGCAAGGCAACUCCUCUCUCUAUCUCCCUGCAAAAAGUGAGUGAACUAGCACAGAGGGACUUACAGAAGGCUGGAUUUCAGCUGUGGGACAUUUCAGCAGGUCCAAUAAUGGCCUGGAUCAGCAAUUCCUCCUGGUUUAACCACCUUGUUCUGCAGGAACAUUUCAGGAGGUACUUAAACAGCACUGAGGAUUAUUUAGCCUUCCUAUGUGGGCCCAAACGCAGCCAUCUGUUCUUGCCCAUGGCUCUGGUGUACUCUGUGAUCUUUGUUGUUGGGGUGAUUGGUAACUUCCUAGUUUGCCUGGUGAUCCUUAAGCACCGGAACAUGAAGACCCCAACCAACUAUUACCUCUUCAGCCUCGCCGUGUCAGACCUGCUUGUACUACUUUUUGGGAUGCCACUGGAAGUCUACGAGAUGUGGAGCAACUACCCCUUCUUGUUCGGUCCCAUUGGCUGCUAUUUCAAGACAGCUCUCUUUGAAACGGUGUGCUUUGCCUCCAUCCUCAGCGUGACCACAGUCAGCGUGGAGAGAUACUUUGCCAUCCUCCAUCCCUUCCGUGCCAAGCUGGAAAGCACUCGCAAGCGUGCCCUGAGGACCAUCGUGGUGCUUUGGGUCCUCUCCGUCCUAUUUGCCCUCCCCAACAUGGGCACCCAUGGUAUCAUGCUGCAAUAUUUCCCCAAUGGCACCAUGGUCCCUGGCUCUGCCACCUGCACUGUGGUUGCGCCCAUGUGGAUCUACAACUGGAUUGUCCAGAUUACUUCCUUCCUCUUCUAUGUGCUGCCUAUGGGGGUCAUAAGUGUGCUGUACUAUCUGAUGGGGCUAAGACUGAAAGGAGACAGAUCUUUGGAAGCAGAGGAAAUGUCCGUGAAUGUUCAGAGGCCAUCCAGAAAAUCAGUCACCAAGAUGUUGUUUGUCCUUGUGAUGGUUUUUGCUGUCUGCUGGGCUCCAUUCCAUAUAGAUCGCCUCUUCUUCAGCUUUGUUGUGGAAUGGACUGAGCCUCUGGCUAAUAUAUUCAAUUUAAUUCAUGUCGUAUCAGGUGUUUUCUUCUACCUGAGCUCUGCUGUGAACCCCAUCAUCUACAACCUGCUGUCCCAGCGCUUCAGGAUGGCAUUCCUCAGUGUCAUCUCCCCUGGCUGCAAGCGCUGGGCCCCAAAGCAAGCUGCCAGCAAGACUCCUGCCCAGCAGAGCAUCUUCAUGGUUGAAGAUCACAAUCUCGUGGACUCUGCAGAAGACACAAGUGUGCCUGGCACCAACAGGACAUCUGUCAGCAGUUCUCAGCUCUCUACUGGUCUGUGAUUUGCCAUGGUGUGAUACAUCUAAGGGAGGGAAGCUGAAGAAAACGACUGCAGGAAAGAGAAAGGGAAGAUAGCCUCCUUGCAGACUGAUUUCAGCAAGAAGAGCUCACAGACUGUCUUCUUGAGUGAAUGAAUGAGGAGGCUGUCAAUAGUGGGUUAUUAAUCAUAGAAACAUAGAAUGGUUUGGGUUGGAAGGGACAUAUUUUAUUGCCCUCAGGCUAAUGGGAGGGCUGGAAAUCUCUGCUUUGUGGCUGCAAAUUCUGCAGCAAAGACUUACUCUGCCAAACUACACAAUCCCAAUGCUACCAGCAAAAGAGAGACACAGCUUAUCCAAAUCUUACACAAUAGCAUUUUUGUGCAUAAGCCUGAAGGUCAGCUCUUACUCAGCCUAAACUGGGGCAACUUUCUGGGGAAGCCUCACCUGCCCUCUUCUGGCUUAAGGAAGCAGCUCUCAUUUAUCUCUCCUGUGGCUUUGAGAUGCAGCUGUUGUAAGCAUAUAUGAACGAGCCCUGGGCUGGGCUGAUAAGCAUCAGGCCCCACCAUCCAGAAACUGCUAUUUCUGGGCCAAAGGAGAGAGGAACCAAAAAUCACGUAAAGCAAACUUUUGCUUUCUGGGAUAAGUAAAUAUUGUGUGUGUGAAUGAUUCCUCAAAUUGCUUUGCCAAAAACUACCCUAAUGUGGGUUACUUCUAAAAAGUCUAGAAGUUGCUGCUAGAGUUGUACCUCUUCACACCACGGUUGGCAGUAGUCACACAGUGCUGAAAUAGUACGUGCAUGCCACAAAUCUGUCUGCAUGACCUGUGAAAUGACCACUCCUGGAAGGCAAGGAUGUUCCUUUGUCUGAAAUGGUAAUACUACAAGGGUACCUCAAAGGUCUGCAGCCUUCGCAGGUUAGUUCUGUGCAUCAGACAGUUUUAUUUCUGUCCAUCUAACUGAGUAGAGUCUGACUGUGUACAGGUGGGUUAUGAUUGGACCCUGCUAUGCCCUAUGCCCAGCUGUUUGCAGCAGCUUCUUAUCCUUGCUUAAAUUUCUGUUCCUUAUUUAUGUGUUGUCUCUGCCGGAGAAGCCCUGUGGCUGUGCUUCAGCAAACCUUACACGUGCCUAUAGUGGACUGCAGAGGUCAGAGAUCUAUGAAGGCUCAGCAGCCACCAGGGAACAGCCUGAAAAGCACAAAAAUAGGGCAGAGCUGCAGGGUCAUUAAAGUUGAUAUAAAGGCAAUAAUAAAAGGAGUACUUUGCAGUGAUUUUGCAUCUACUGAAUUCAGGUUUUGCAACAAAGCACAAUGUAAGGUCUAGGAAACUCUUCUGCACCCCAAUAAUGCAAAAAGAUCCUGAAGGCAGCACACUUCCAUCCAAGUUGAUGACUUCACAAGCUCUGCUGGAUGCGAGGUGAGGACCAAAGGAGUUGUGGGGGAAAGAGGCCAUGGUGAAUCUUUCACAUGAGAAAGAAUUUUAUAAAGUGCUGUGUCUCAAGUUUCAAAGCACAUUUUCUGUGUUUCAGAGAAAUGCCUCUCUUAUGAAUCAUGGCACAGGGAUGAGUUUAGCCAGCAUGACAGGCUCAGGCUUGGCUUGGCAAAUUAUUCUCUGUGUUGCUAUAAUGGGGCUGGGACUUCCAUAAAGAGUCAUCACAAUGGAUAAGGAUAUCAGCUUCUGAAAGAUGGCAUACUAUGUGCAUCACCAAAGCUCAUUCCAGUCUGAUCACUGGGGAUCAAGAUGACGUUAGCCCCCAUAUGAGGAAUGGGUUAUACCCCUGCUACAGUGAACUCUUGCCUUAUUUCCCCAAAAGUCUUUCAUUUUGCUUAUGCCUGCUGGUAGCAAUGGGACCUGGGGAUUACACUGCAGCUGGUGACUCCCAUUUUCCUGCAGCUCGAGGGGGAAUUUUGGUCCAUGUUUCCUAACAGAUCCAUUUUACCAGCUGUGGUUUUGAGAAGCAGCCAAAGAGAAGGUAACAGACAUGCACGAGGCCCUGGAGAGAAAAGACAAUUCCAGCUCCCAGAAGACACAGCUGAAAUACUUUGUCACCCCCAAGUGGACACUCAAGCACUUCCCAGCUGUAGCCAGCUUUCCAUUAUCAUUUUUCCCCUUACCAGUCAGUAAAUUAAGUCUGUUUUCCUACUCCCAUUGAGGGGCUGGGAUUUCCUCCCUCACCCUAUAAAGCACCUGUGUACCACCCUAACUGAUCCCAGUGCAUCCCCUGAGCUUCAUGCCUGUGAUAGGAUGUCUUCUGCACUGUCCUAGACCUCAAACCAGUGAAUAGAGUGUAGCUCAACAUACUCACAUCCAUCAUAUGACAGAGACACUCCUCUGCAAGGUUUUGUGGCUUUUUGAAUGCGUCUCAUUCAUUUAGGACCAGAGAGUGUCUUGAGUUCUCCUCCCUUCAUAGAAGAUCACAACCUUGGCUACAAAGCUCAAGGAUGUCAAAUGCAUCUCUUACUUGUGAGCACACAGCCCUGCAGGUGAGAUGGGAAGCUGUAGGAUGAAGAUCUUGUGUGGUCUUACAAAAAGUGGCCACAUUUGUUCCUAAGGAGAACAAAUAUCUUUGGGAGAGGUGGGAGUGAUGGGGAUAAAAGGUGUGUGUGAAGAGGGAGAUUUUUCAAAGAGAAGAACUGAGAAUCAAAUGGCCAGGAACUCACCUUCAGUUUUAAACAAGAUAUCUUCUUUUUGGCUUAAAAGCAGCUUUUAGCACAUUAAGUUUGACGUCACUCAGAAGAAGUCAUGCUUGUAACCAAAAAGUAUUGAGCUUUUUUGACCAAAAAACAAAAGUAAAGAUUAUUAAAGAUUAUUUAGCCUUGCAUCAGUCCAAGUAUUCUUUGAAAACACCACUGAAGGUCAAUGCUGAAAGUAUGCUAAGUUUUGUUAAAAAACACUAUAAAUGCAGUGAUAAAAUGUGGGCUGGUUUGAGGAUGAACGUCCCAAAUUCUUCUUCUAAGACAGCACAACUUAAUGCCCAGCUCGAUCCCAAGUGAGGGUUCCUAAAGGAAAGUCUAUGCAUUUUGUCCCUAAGAAAUGUUCAGUGUCCACUGGCAGCUUUUCUUCCCAAGAGUUCGGUGCCUGAGUGUUAUUUAUCACUCUGCUCUGUUAUUUACCCUAGCUUAGAAGCUGGACACAAACGUGAAAAUACAGGGAAGAUGGAUAGACAUGUCAUGAAAGCCCACGAUACUCCUUUAUUUGUACAUUUAGCACUUCCACAGCCAAGUGCUGAAAAAUGCUGGUAAAUGGUUGAGAUCAACUCCUGCUGCAAGAAAAAGAGUUACAACUCACUUUUCCCCCAAAUUGUGAUGAAAAUAUAUCUGUUUCAAGUCAAGCAUGACUUCCUAGGCAGAACUACCUAUUGAUUUAUUUCUCUGCCUCUCUUCACCUCUGGGAAAAACAUGAGUGAAUGAGCAGAGGAAUGUGGGGCAAUGCUCCAGCACUGUGAGCAAAGCACGGUUUGCAACGUGUUGUAAGGAAGUGCUUAAAGGACAGAAGAAUUGCCCAUGUUGUAAAGUGAUAACCAAGCCCAGCUCCAAGAUUUAUACUGGAAAAAAAAAAUCUUGACAGCCAAGUGGACAACUCUACUGAGUUUAUAUGAAGAGGUUUUGGAAACUACGGUGUUUUCAAUGUGUAAACUGUGGCUUGUCAGUAAAAUUAAACAUACACUUCAGCUGCAGAAUUGGUUAUGUGCAUCUGUGUGUAAAAUGAAAAUAAACUUACUGACA